UUGAUUACUUCCCGUCCCCAAAGUGAGGAAGCUAUGGCGGGGGAUACCUCAACGGAGCUUCUUUUUAUCGAUACUUUUAAGCAUCAGAGCGCUGAGCUAACCAACGUGGAUGUGGUGCGGUUUCCUUGCGGGGUCCUGAUCACAGAGGUCCGGGUCAUUCCUCCUGGGAUCAAAGCUCACAGUAACUUACCUGACAACAGAGCAUUUGGGGAGACGUCUCCUCAUGCCUUUCAGUUGGAGCUGUUCUUCAACAAUGUCACCAAGCCCAACAACCCCACCUUCAACAGACUGGGCAGUUUGGAAUAUGAUGAAAACAAGUCCAUCGUCUUUAGGCCCAGUGGAAAGGUGAACACAGACGGGCUGGUGCUGCGCGGCUGGUACACCAGCCUGACUUUGGCCGUGUACGGCACCUCCCAGCGCGCCCACGGACACGACCACAGUUCGCCUCCUCCGCCGCCGCCGCCUCCCCCGCAGCAGCCGAGCGGGCUCAAGAGGAUCAUCAAACAAGAAUGGGAAAAAGACGACCAGUAUAAUGGCAGCCCACCCAGACCAGCACCCAGAGGGCCUCGUACCCCACCUGGACCUCCACCGCCAGAUGAUGACGAAGAGGAGCAAGUACCAAUGACGGUGGGCGUGGUCAAAGAAGAACCGAGCCAGGGCCGCGACGACUACCUAGAAGCGGUGUCGCCGGAAAGGUCGCUGCCCGCGGACGAGCCUUUCUCCGACGCCGAGCAGGAGGAGGAAGGGGAAGAGGAGGAGGAAGAGGAGGGCCAGGAGGAGGAAGAAGCACGCACCGAGGGGAGCGCGCCGGAGGAGGAGGAAGAGGAGGAGGAUGACGGUGAGGACGAGGACGAGGAGGAGAUGGAGGAAGGCGACGAUGGUUACGAGCAGAUCUCCAGUGACGAGGACGACCUGGAUAACGGGAGCUUCAAGCUGCCCACCUUCGACAUUGACUACACCCCCGAGGACCUGGCCUCUGUCCCCCCCGUCCAGUACGAUCCGUACGAGCGAGAGCUCAAGCCGCUCGUCUACUUCUCCCCGCCUUACAAGACGCGCUUUGACGCCCAGCUGGAGAAGACCAGCGUAGAGGAGCCCAGAGAUGCCGGAGGAACAGAAGGAGCAGCGUGCGGAGAGGAGGCCGAGGCCGUGGCUCAGCUCAAAGAGCUCCUGGCUGGUACCGGGGAAGACAGAGACACACGCUGGGUCACUGCUUUGGAGGAGGCGCCCGGACUUCUGAACAAAGGUUUAGCCUAUCUAAUCAAACAGGGACAGGGAGAAGCCGAGGUUCGCGUUUUGGUCCAGUGGACUCUCCAGGCGUUGAGUAUGGAGAUCGCGCUCACGCAGCCGAUCGCGCUCAACCUCAGACAGUUAAAGGCCGGCGCCAAGCUGGCUUCCUGCUUGGCAGAGUGUCCGCAGGUUCUCGCCGAGCUGCUGCGUAAAGGCGCCCUGAACGUGCUGCUGGAGCUGCUCCACGCCGACCACGUCUCCUCCACCCUGAAGCUGAGCAUCCUCAGAGCUCUGGACGCUCUCAUCAGCACUCCUGCAGGGGUGGAGGCUUUCCUACAGGCAGGGAACGCAGGCAAGAGUGGCUAUCAGCGCCUGGUGCAGCUGUUCCUGCGUGAAGAAACGGUCCGCGUAAUAAACGCAGGCAACGCCAUUUUACAGAAGAGCCACAUGUACGAGGUUCUCGUCAGCCUGCAGCACGCGGCUGCGGCAUGCAGCGAACCCCAGCAGGAGGAGAUGGAGGAUUCGGAGAGUCCCAUGGAGGAGGACCCGCCGCUUAGCUCCUCCCCGGUCGGCGAGGCCGAGCUGGAGAGGCUGGCGGGGGUUUUUGAGGAGCUGCACCACCUGCUGGAGACGGCCCCUCACUGCAUGGUGCAACCCCCCGGGAAAGCGUUCCCAACUACGGCCAGGAUAACGGGACCGCCGGAGAGGGACAACCCUUACCCAACCCUCUAUAGGUACAUGCACGCGUGCCGAUUCCUGGAGAGCACCGUUGUGGUGCUGUCAGCGGCCGCCGCAGCCGGACACGUCGGCGUCACCCAGGCCGUCAGAGACCUCCUCCGCUUCCUGUCGCUCACGCAGUCCGGCCUGCUCUACCUCCUGGCCCAGGCCACGCCCACCAACCUCCUGCUGCGCAUCCUGGCGUCGGCGGCGGAGUCCGAGGGCGAGGAGAGCGCGCCGACAUCGGGGGAGGGGGCGCUGACGGGGCCCGGCUUCGGCGAGGAGGGUUUCUGCGUGUGGCUGAUGCAGGCGCUCCACGCCCUGCAGGGCGUGUCCGAACUCAUGAGCCACGUGGCCGCCGGGGGAGAGGGAGGCACGGGCCUGGAGGACGGGGACAACCCGGAGGUCCUGGGCAUGCUCCACGCCCUCUACCUGAUGACCUUCACGCAGACCGGCCGCAGCGCUGUGGCUCACGUUCUGAGCCUGGAGAACAACCUGUCCUGCCUGGUCACCCUGCUGCAGCAUCACAGCAAGGAGACGCAGGGUGAGGCCAAAUCCCGUAAGGCGGUGACGUAUAACUACGCGUGCAUGUUGGUGUUGAUGGUGGUGCAGACGUCCAAUGAGCUGCGGAUGAUGGAGCAGUUCGCCGCUCCACUGCUGGCCGUAGCCAAGGCAGACGACACCAAUGCCAAGCUGCAGGAGCUUAGUAAAUGGUUGGAGCCUCUGGAGAAACUCCGCUUUGAGAUCAGCAGCAUUCCCACUCUCAUCACCUACAUCAAGCAGAAUGUGGAAAACGUGCUAAACGCCGAGGGAACCGGGCUGGUCACCGCUCUGAGGGUUCUCUAUCACAUCGCCUGUCCGCCUCCUGCCAUUGAAGGUCAGCAGAGGGAUCUGAAGUGGAGUCUCGCAGGCGUCCAGCUGUUCUCCGGCGAGGGUCUGGACACGUGCGUGCGCGUCCUCCAGAAGCUGUGCGGCGUGCUGCUGCAGCCGUGGCGCAUGCUCGGCCACAUGGGGCCGACCCCGCAGCGCUGCAUGAUCCUCAGCAUCUGCAUCAGCACGCUCCGGCUGCUGCGCGCCAUGCUAACCGAGCUGCUCCGUGGGGGAGCCUUUCAGUUCAGGGACACCCGCGUGGCCAGCGUCCUGGUGACGCUCCACAUGAUAGUGUGCUCCAUUCCGGCCUCGGGCCGUCUGGACGGGGAGGAGACGAGGGUGCAGGCGCUCAUCGUGGACGUGCUGCUCACCUUCACGCAGGGCGUCAGCGAAGAGGUCACGCACACCGAAGAGACUCUGGCCAGUAACACGUGGUCUCUGAUGCUCAAAGAAGUCUUGAAUUCGCUUUUAAAAGCUCCUGAGGGUUUGUUCUCUGGCCUGACGCUGCUGUCCGAGCUCCUGCCUCUUCCUCUGCCGAUGCAGAGCACCCAGGCGUUAUCGGUCCAAGAUGUGGCCAUAGCCUUAAACACGAGGAAGCUGUGGAGCAUGCACAUACGGGUCCAGUGGAAGGUGCUUUCGGAGGUGCUGAGGUGCGUGUGCUCCACCAGCUGCCCGCCCCUCCUGACCAUGCUGAGGAGGGUCUGCGUCCAGUUGGCCGACCUGUCCUCUCCCACCGCGACGCUCGUCAUGAAGACCGUGUUGGAGCUGCUGUCCGAGGAGCUGCAGCCGGCCGAGGGGAAAAGCGUCUGCUGGGGCCAAGUCCUGCGCCUGCUUUCUCUGCUGGACGCUCUGGUGUCGCAGAGGGCUUGCAAGAGCUCCACGCUUCACCUGCUGUCCGGCUCCGUCUCCGGAGAGGAACAGGUGGCGGGCCUCUUCCCUUUGCUCCUGUCUCUGUUGGUGCCCCCUGCUGGUCACUCCUUACAGCAGCAGCAAUGCAGCGUGUUGGUGGGGACGAUAUUGCAGUCGCUGUGUGACCAGGACAUUUCCCUCGUGGUGCCUCCACCCGGCGAGGGCGUGUCCGAGGCCGAACAGCUGGCUAACGCGCUCCCAGGCCGAGAGAUGAUGUCCGCAGUGUGUAAUUCCCUCUUGGAGGUUUUAGGGAAUAAAGAGGCCAGCAUCCCUCUCCUCCUCACCUGCAUCAGGACUUUGACCUUCUUCACGGAGCACGACUACGGAAUCUACCACCUCAAAGCCACUUUGAGGAAACAUGGUUCUGAGGUGUUCUCGCUGUUGAAGAGGCUGGUGGUCUCCUUCAGCAAGGACUCGACAGAUCUGCUAUCGGCUCUGCUCGACUUUCUCAGGCAAAUCCUCAACACGGAGGCAACGUGCGCAGAGGAGGGCCAGGCGUCCAGCGAGGAGCCUGCCUGCGUUGCUCCUCGCUUGCUGUCAGGCUCCGACAUGAAAGCUCUGCUGCAGUGGGAGGAGGCGGAGUCACACCCGCUCACAACGCUGGAGAAGCUAAUGACGAAAACAUGUAAAGACGACGACUCCAUGGAGUCCAUGAUGGAGAACGUGGCUGUCCUGAAGCAGACGCUGGAAACGGCCAUGGAAACCGCUCCUGCCGCAGAAACGGAGCCCGUUCUGCCCACGCCCGAAACGCUGGCGGCUCAGUUCAACCACAGGACGGUGUUUAUUCUGUCAGAAGCUCUGGAUGAGCAGCUUAAAGCUCUCUGGUUUUCUCCUUUCCAAACCGAUGACAUUGAAGCAGACCUGGACAUGGUGAAGGUGGAUCUGGUGGGCCUGGCUCAGGAGUGCUGUCCGGAGCUGGACCUGAAGGCCGAGCUGGAGCGCUCCUUCCUGUCGGAGCCGUCUUCUCCCGGUCACACCAAGGUGACCAAAGGUUUCCGACUGGGCAAGCACAAACACGAGACCUUCAUCACAUCCAGCGGUAAGUCCGACUACAUCGAGCCCGCCAAAAGGGCCCACAUGCUGCCGGCGCCGCGCGGCCGCGGAGGCCGAGGGGUGUUCGGCCAGAACGUCAUGCGUCACCACGACAUUUUCCGCUCGCGCAAACAGAACACGUCCCGCCCUCCCAGCAUGCACGUGGAUGACUUUGUGGCGGCGGAGUUUAAAGACAUCGCUAACCCCCUUGGCAUUCUGCCUCCCAAACGUCUGCCGAAAAGCACGCCCAAGCCCCCCACCAGAGGACUGUUCACCGGCAACAGAGGCAGAGCCACGUUUCACAACCAGACUCGCUUUUUCACUCCGCCGCAGCCUAAAGGCGUCCUGCUCUCAGGUAACUAUCCACGGAGGGACGGGGGCCGCGGGUCUUCGUGGAGCGGCCAAGUUCCUGCUGUGACCCACAGAGGAACCUACAGCGAACCCCGCGGAGGUCAGAGCAACUUCGCCCGGGGGCCGAUGCCCUCCCGACAGCUGCCUGCGAGUGCUUACCGGCUGGCCAUUCGAGAUCGAGCCCCGCGGGGCAGGGGCGGCACAGGACUGUCGUGGCUCAGCGGGGGCGCAGGAGCCGCAGGAGGAGGAGGAGGAGGGGGAGGAGGAGGAGGGAGGGGAUCUCAGGGGAGCAAGUUCAGCGGCGGGGGAGGGAGCGGAGGUGGGCGGGGCAGACACGUGCGCUCCUUCACCAGGUAAACCCACCUGGACAGUGACUUCAGCCUCUCCUGGGCUACAAACUGACCAAUCAGGAUUCAUGUUUGCUGUCGACUUGGAAACGUCUUGGUUUGGUGUCACACCUGACUUUGUCGGGAUGUUUUUUUUUUUUUUUUUUUUUUUUUGUUACAGAAUAAAGGUAGCCGUAACUGAGUGUGUGUUUUUAAUAAGAAUAAAAAAUGGAGAAACUGGAGAAGAC